ACGCCUGUCAGUCUCCUCCCCUCCCGAUUCUUCUUUUCCCAAGAAUGACUUAGUUUUAAAAGAGUCGCCGCCACCAACGGCGUUGCUCAACUCGCCUUCGCCAAGUAAUAAAACACUUCACGAAAAACUCGCUACUCUGACUCGUCCCUCCAGAGGCUUUGCGGAAAAUUGAGUCCUCCAGCACUUUCGCCUCGCGAUUCCGAAGGAACGGCGGAACUACUCGUCCCGGCAGCCCUUGCGCGUGCGACACCCCUCCCCCCCAUUCUUUCGCCUUGCUUCUCUUCCGAACUUGGCGUGCUGGAGGCCCGGGCGAGCCAUGCCGAAGGUGAAGACGAAGCCGCGCUCUCGACAGCAGCGUGGAGAAGGGAAAGGGAAAGGCCCUGUAGGCAUUAGAUUCAACACUGGACUUGGUCAGCAUAUUUUGAAAAAUCCCCUGAUUGUUAACAGCAUUAUAGAAAAGGCUUCCUUAUACCCUACAGAUGUUGUUUUAGAAGUGGGCCCUGGAACUGGCAACAUGACAGUGAAAAUGUUAGAAAAGGUGAAAAAGGUAAUUGCUUGUGAACUUGAUGUAAAGCUUGCUGGUGAACUUCAGAAAAGAGUUCAGGGAACACACUUGGCAAACAAACUUGAAAUAAAAAUUGGAGAUGUAUUGAAAAGCGAUCUCCCUUUUUUUGAUGCUUGUGUGGCUAAUUUGCCUUACCAAAUUUCUUCUCCUUUUGUUUUCAAGCUAUUGCUGCAUCGGCCUUUCUUUAGGUGUGCAGUACUCAUGUUUCAAAGAGAAUUUGCUCUUCGCCUAGUUGCAAAACCAGGCUCUCACCUGUAUUGUAGGCUGUCUGUUAAUACUCAGCUGUUAGCUCGUGUUGAUCAUCUAAUGAAAGUAGGAAAAAAUAAUUUUAAACCUCCACCCAAAGUUGAAUCCAGUGUUGUAAGGAUAGAACCAAAGAACCCUCCACCUCCAAUUAACUUUCAGGAGUGGGAUGGUCUACUGAGGAUAGUGUUUGUCAGGAAAAACAAGACACUUGCUGCCAUUUUCAAUUCAAAUGCUGUGAAACAGCUGCUGGAACAGAAUUACAGAAUUCACUGUUCACAAAAUAAUUUGCAAAUUCCUGAAAAUUUCAAUAUUGCUGAACUUAUACAUGAAAUCCUAAAAGAUACCGGCUAUUCAGAAAAACGUGCCCGAGUAAUGGAUAUUGAUGAUUUUAUAAGUGUUCUUCAUGGCUUCAAUGCAAAAGGGAUUCACUUUUCCUGAAGGGAUUACAGGAAAGCUGCUGCAAAGAUUGAACUAAUUUAUAUAAAUAAAUGUUAUAGUAGAAUAUAUUCACAAUGAAUGUAAACCAACCAUCAACUGGCUCUUACCAGUUUUUAAGUCUUUUGAUUUUAUUUAGUGAAGAAUGUAUCAAUUUAUAAAUAUUAUUAAAAGCAUCUGGAAAUGCAUCCCAUAGCAUCUAGCAUAAGCAGUAAGUGCUUAUAUUCCAAGCUAAGUAUUGUUACUCAUUUAAAAAAUUGUGUAACUGAUAUGGAAGUCAAUUUCUCUAAUGCCAAACAUUCUGUCUUUUUUAAUGCCCAAAUGUUCUUUAUAUUGUGCAUUGCAAUAAUUUUCUAUUAAAGCGAUCCCUUCUGUA